GCCAUGCGGGCGCAAGUGUCUGUGAUCCUCCCGGUCCACAAUGCUGAGCCCUGGUUGGACGAGUGCUUGGGCUCUGUUUUGCAGCAGGACUUCGAAGGUUCCAUGGAGCUCUCGGUUUUUAAUGAUGCCAGUAAGGACAAAUCUAUGGCUAUCUUGGAAGAAUGGAAAGUGAAGCUGGAAGGUGCCGGUAUCCUCGUGGUCACUGGAGGGCACAGUUCCCCUUCUCCCCGGGGAGUCGGAUAUUCUAAAAAUCAAGCAAUAGCGCAGAGCUCAGGGACUUACCUUUGCUUUUUGGAUUCGGACGACGUGAUGAUGCCGCAGAGGGUGAGGCUGCAACUCGAAGCCGCUGCUCGGCACCCAACAAGCAUCAUAGGUUGCCAAGUGAGGAGAGAGCCCCCCAACUCCACAGAACGAUACAUGCGUUGGAUCAACCAGCUAACAUCCGAUCAGCUUCUUACCCAGGUUUUUACCUCCAAUGGCCCAACUGUGAUCAUGCCCACCUGGUUCUGCUCUCGAGCAUGGUUUUCUCACGUGGGCCAGUUCGACGAGGGCGGGCAGGGCGUGCCUGAGGACCUGCUGUUCUUCUACAACCACCUCAGGAAGGGCGGUGGUGUUGUCCGGGUGGACCAGAGCCUCCUCCUCUACCGCUACCAUCCCAGCGCAGCCACACACUCCAUCCUCGAGUACGUAGGCCCCCAGACCUGGGGCGGGGCGGGGGUGCUGUGGACUUUGAGGGGCCAGCUGAGGUCCAGGGUCCAGUGUCCAAAAGUUCUGGAAAUGCCCACCUGCGGGUUUGGGGAAACCAGUGCACUGGCCCCUUGCACUGCCCAGCCCUUGGGUGAGGACAUCAUGCGCCAGCAGGGCCUAUGCCUGGUGUCUGCCAUGCUUCCUGAGUGCGUGGACAUGAGAGGAGCAUGUCCCAGGGUCCAAGUGGCGUGCCGCAGGAGUCUGGUGUCCUGUGUCUCCCCCAAGGUGGCCGCCUUCUGUGACGUUGAUGAAAACAAGAUCAGGAAGGGCUUUUACUGCUACGAGGACUCUCAGGAGAGGCCCAAGCCCCAGGUGCCCAUCCUGCACUUCCGAGCUGCCCGGCCGCCCUUUGUCAUCUGCGUGAAGCUGGACCUUACAGGGGGCGCAUUUGAGGACAACCUGAGGUCGCUGCACCUGCAGGAGGGCCGGGACUUCCUUCACUUCAGCUAACAGACCCGCAGCAGCCAGGGUGUCCUGCAGGUGACAAGGGAUCGAGAGCAGGGGUAAAAGGUUAUUUGCCACCAGGUCAAGCACAGGGACAGUAAACAAUUCCAUCAAGUCCAGUGGCUUAUUCCAGGCAGGAAGAGACCAACUAAUGGAGGCAGCAGCAGCAAGACAUGGGGUGGUCACACCGGUGCCCACCAUGGCCUCCGCCCCACAGUCCUGCCAUCAUACGCAUUCCAUGAGGGCAGGAUACUCCUGGCCCAGGUACAGUCACAGUCCUGGGCUUGUUGCCCCACGGACAGAGCGUCUGCAUUCUGCACUUGCCUGCUCCAUCCCUCCUGCAUCCAGACCUCAACCUAUGAAGGCAGAGGGGACAGCGGGGACAGUGGAACCUGAGCUACGAGAAGCUCCCAGCCAGCAGGCCCAACCCCUCCGAGCUCCUGGCGCUAAAAUGCAAACCCUUUACACACGUCAGCCUCACUGGCUUUUUGGAUGCUCAGUGUGAGCUCACAAUGGACAAUAAAGAGGUAUGAGUUUUCCAAAAACA